CCACCCCCCUCUCCACAGCCCCUUUCUAGACACCCAAUACCAGACCUCCUUUUAUCCCGAACACCAGCCCCCAGAUUCCCUUCCAAGCUCCCUGUAAAACCCCGCUGCUAAUUCUCCGCUGCCGGUCUCCAGCCUCCAUUCCAUCUCCCCACGGUCCCCUCUUACUUCGCCGGUACCAGCCCCCAAGCCCCCUCCCCAACGCCACCGUAACCACUUUCUAGUGCUCCGCCUCCAGCUCUCCUGUGCUCAUUCCAGCUCCCUCAUCCCAGCCCCCCAACUUUCACAUGGCCUCUUCCCAUGUCCCCGAAUUGGAGAUCUUUGCCAGUCUCCCCCUACCCUGACACCUUCCCGAUACUCUCAUGACCCGCUCCUAGCUCCUCCAUACCAGCCCCCGGGUCCCCUCAGCUCCGCCUCAGGCCCCGCCCUCGCGGGUUCCUUGGCUCAGGGUCGCUUCUCGCGUGCGUCCCCAGCUCCCGCCCGGCAGCCCGGCUGUCGGUCCCGGGCCGGCGGCCCCCGCAAGCCGCCGCCAGCCCCGCCCCCGGGCACCAUGCUGCCCUCGCAGGAGGCCUCCAAGCUCUACCACGAGCACUACAUGCGGAACUCGCGGGCCAUCGGUGUGCUAUGGGCCAUCUUCACCAUCUGCUUCGCCAUCAUCAACGUGGUGGUCUUCAUCCAGCCCUACUGGGUUGGCGACAGCGUGAGCACCCCCAAGCCUGGUUACUUCGGCCUCUUCCACUACUGUGUGGGCAGCGGGCUGGCGGGCCGCGAGCUCACCUGCCGCGGCUCGUUCACCGACUUCAGCACUAUCCCGUCCGGCGCCUUCAAGGCGGCCGCCUUCUUCGUGCUGCUCUCCAUGGUGCUGAUCCUCGGCUGCAUCACCUGCUUUGCUCUUUUCUUCUUCUGCAACACGGCCACGGUCUACAAGAUCUGCGCCUGGAUGCAGCUCUUGGCAGCUCUGUGCCUUGUGCUGGGCUGCAUGAUCUUCCCCGACGGCUGGGACGCCGAGACGAUCCGGGACAUGUGUGGGGCCAAGACCGGGAAGUACUCCCUGGGGGACUGUUCGGUGCGCUGGGCGUACAUCCUGGCCAUCAUCGGCAUCCUCAACGCCCUCAUCCUCUCCUUCCUUGCCUUCGUGCUGGGCAACCGGCAAACGGACCUGCUGCAGGAGGAGCUCAAGCAGGAGAACAAAGAUUUUGUGGGCUCUACAGUAAGCUCUGUGUUGCGGCCAGGGGGUGAUGUCUCUGGAUGGGGAGUCCUCCCCUGUCCCGUCGCUCACUCACAGGGACCCUGAAGGCCGGGAUCACAGCCCAGGAGUUGACCUGCCCUCAGCUUGUCCUGUCUCCUGCCCUCUCAUCCCUCCAUUCACGCUCUGAGGGAAGACCCCCAUCUUGGACUGACCUCACCUGCUACCUGCCUGCGAGCUCCGGGCUUUGAAGAGAGGCUGGGGCUGGGAUGCAGCCUGAGGGAGGGGAGAGGCCCUGCAGAGCCUGGGAGGGUCUGGGUCUGCACCUCCCUCAACUGACCUAAGGGAGACAGCCCCCAGUCCCUGGCCUCCUCUUCCCCUCCAGCCUGGCCAGGGCCCUGCAGAGUCUUCAGGGGAAGGAGACGCCGUGGUUCCCCCACCAGGCUCCCUCAGUCUGGAGGGCUGCUGCCUGGCUCUAUCCUCGCCGCCUCUGGUUCCCGCCUCCUGCAGAAACUUAUCCAAGACACUGCUCCAGGGCAGCAAACUGGACUCUUUCCUAUCUUUUUUUUUGGCCGAUGGUGGUUCCAUCAUCUCAUCACAGAGCUCCAGGCCCCACCGGCCUCCCUGGGGCCUCUCUGCUCCUGCUGCAGCCUGGUCCCAGCUCUCCCAAAGGAGUCUGAGCUGCACCGAGGAAGAAAGCACAGGGCCUCCUGGUCAGAUGCUGACUGGCGCCCUGUCCACGUGGACUCUGAGCCAAGACAGGCAGGCUCUGGAGGCAGCGCUUGGACUCCUGUCUUGAUGGCGCUUGGCCUCUGCAGCUGGGGCUGGAAGUAGCUUUGGGGCUGGCCUGGCCUCCUCCCUGCUCGAUGGCUCACCAGUGACUGGACCCUUGACCCUGGCCUGUUUUGUACAGCAGACCUCUUGGCCCUGUUGUCAGGGUUGGGGAGAGGCGCCCUGAGUAGGGAAUUAGGGGAUGCGUCGCCCCUCUGCCCCUUCUCGUGCUGUCCCCCCGCCCCCUUCUGCCAAGGGCAGAGACUGUCUUGCCUCUUUGAUACUUUUCUGCAUAACUUGAACUUGCAGGUCACCUCUGAACAGGGUACCCCGUCCCCAUCCCCAGCCCUCGUAACCCUCUCCCCACCUCUUCCUCCUCCCUGCCCACCUCUCGCCUUGCGGUUUGCCCAGGGUCUGCAACCCGGUGGGCACGCUUGGAGCCGAGGCAUGAGUGUG